UCUGUCAGCCCGCAGAUCCCGUCGCCAGCUCCCCACUGCCCCGCGAUUUUCCUGUGGGCUUAGAGGCGGAGGGACAACAAAAAAUGGCGGAGCGGAGCCAGACGGCGCCUGAGGCAGGCAAUGAUGUGGGAAAUGAUGAUGCCAUUGGAGGGAAUGUGAGCAAAUAUAUGGUGCUUCCGUCUGGAUACUAUGGACAGCCCAAAAAAGGACAUCUUAUCUUUGAUGCUUGCUUUGAAAGUGGUAACCUCGGACGGGUGGACCAGGUCUCUGAAUUUGAGUAUGACUUAUUCAUUAGGCCGGAUACCUGUAAUCCACGCUUCCGAGUCUGGUUCAACUUUACUGUUGAAAACGUGAAAGAAUCACAGAGAGUCAUUUUCAACAUUGUUAACUUCAGUAAAACCAAGAGUCUAUAUAGAGAUGGGAUGGCCCCUAUGGUGAAAUCUACAAGCAGACCCAAAUGGCAAAGGCUGCCACCUAAAAAUGUUUACUACUACCGGUGCCCGGACCAUAGGAAGAAUUACGUGAUGUCCUUUGCAUUUUGUUUUGACCGAGAAGAAGAUAUUUAUCAGUUUGCUUACUGCUAUCCAUAUACAUACACGCGCUUUCAGCAUUACCUUGACAGCCUGCAAAAGAGAAACAUGGAUUACUUCUUUCGGGAGCAGCUGGGUCAGAGCGUGCAACAGCGGCAGCUUGACCUCCUGACAAUAACCAGCCCCGACAACCUUCGGGAAGGGGCAGAGCAGAAGGUAGUGUUCAUCACGGGACGAGUGCACCCAGGGGAAACACCCUCUUCAUUUGUGUGCCAAGGGAUCAUUGACUUCCUUAUAAGCCAGCACCCUAUUGCCCGUGUCCUACGGGAGCACCUGGUCUUCAAGAUUGCACCAAUGCUCAACCCUGAUGGAGUCUACCUAGGCAAUUACAGGUGCUCUCUAAUGGGGUUUGACCUGAACCGUCACUGGCUGGAUCCUUCUCCGUGGGCCCACCCCACCUUGCAUGGAGUGAAACAGCUCAUCAUCCAGAUGUACAAUGACCCAAAAACAAGCCUGGAGUUUUAUAUUGACAUCCACGCCCACUCCACCAUGAUGAAUGGCUUCAUGUACGGCAACAUCUUUGAGGAUGAGGAACGGUUCCAGAGGCAGGCCAUUUUCCCCAAGCUCCUCUGCCAGAAUGCCGAGGACUUCUCCUACUCCAGCACAUCCUUUAACCGGGAUGCAGUGAAAGCAGGAACCGGACGUCGCUUCCUCGGGGGGCUUCUGGACCACACUUCCUAUUGCUACACCCUCGAGGUCUCCUUCUAUAGCUACAUCAUUGGAGGCACCACGGCCGCUGUGCCCUACACGGAGGAAGCCUAUAUGAAGCUGGGAAGGAACGUGGCAAGAACGUUUUUGGAUUAUUAUCGGCUGAACCCCCUGGUCGAGAAAGUGGCAAUUCCCAUGCCAAGGCUUCGGAAGGAAAAGCCCCCACCUUACAAGCACCCACUCCUGCGGGGCCCAGCCAGCAACCACCCCAACGGCAAAGGGGACAAGAAGAGCUCUGUGAACCACAAAGACCCUUCAAACUCUUUUUAAGGACAUGGAGUCCAGGGAGGUCUUGUGGAGACAGGAGCAUGCAAUUAAUUACCCUUCUCUAGUUUCCAAGAUCAAGGGUGCAGGAUAAUGAGUAAGCUAGUGAAAGGGAAGGAAAAAAGGAGAAACCUCACCAUCAAUUUUCCCUUUUACCAAUGGCAAAUCAAUUGUGGGACUUCAGCUUAAGGCUCAGGAACAAAAUAGGAGGCUCAAACCAAGCGAGUACAGAUGCCAUUUCCCACAGCACAGAGGUCCUCACAGGAAGAGGACAAGCUACAUGUCCCUUUCAAGAGGUUUGACACAUCUCAGGUCAGUGUUUUUGGAGUCCCAUUACCUUCCAACAUUGUAUAGCUACCAUAGGCAGUUGCCUUCUAGACUAGGUGAUGGUCGUUCACAGUUCUAGAAAUGCACCGUCCAUACUUGCUGAUCCAAAACAACAUCAGUGACACCUGCAACCCAAAGACAAACGUGCUGUUAGGAACAAUCGGACAGAAUUUUUGAAAUCACAGUGGUCGGAGGCACACUGUCACUGUGUCUCUGAGCUGCAUGCAUUCCCUCAAUGACCUGGGUAGUUGAAUUGAAGCUUUAGCUCCAAAGACAAAAGGUUUUGGUCACUCAUUCCAAGAGGUCCAUCGUGGUUCAGAUCUCCAGAUCCU